AUGCCUAGGCACAAUUUUGCAACGAUGACAUGUGUUAGUAAAACCGUACAUAUCAUUACAACUACUUUGUACAUCCACGUGACUAAUACCGUGUUUUUUUCAGGACAAAUUGGGCUUUCAUUUGCUGGUAAAUGGGCUCUCAGUGACACCGCACAAAGACAGGUAUGCAAAUAUGCGGCCCCAUGGAAAAAAUGCCCAGUUCCGUGAGGCCGCAUAUUUGUGUGACGUCGGCGUCAAGUGGUUAAAGAAUUGAGCUCUGUCAUUUCAAAGCAAUUGUUUCUAAUUCUU